CGUCCUUCGCAAGGCAUCUUGGGAAUGUCAACAGCGUUUGUCAUGCUGUUGGAUCUGUCAGUGUGUUGUUGACCGUAUGUUUGCUGAGCGCUGCAACGUCUCAUGACUUGUUUAUGCCCUUCGGAUAGUCUCCGUUCAGCAAAGGGAUGCAGUGGUAAUCAGAACACUGUGAUGGAGCAUGGGUGGAUGUCUGAGCGUCGAUGAAGAAGAGAGGAAAGCUCGUCUGAGGAGCUGUCAGAUUGAUCGCCAGAUCUCUGAGCUUGCCAGGCAGGAGCGAAAUGUCAUCAAAAUCCUGCUAUUGGGAGCGGGGGAAAGUGGAAAGAGCACUCUUGUGAAGCAAAUGAAGAUAAUCCACAAUGACGGUUUUUCCCAAGAGGAGCUGCGCAGCUUUCGGCCGACUGUAUUGGAUAACUUGGUCAGUUCUAUGAAGUUUGUCCUCAUGGGCAUGGGGAUGCUGAAGAUUCAUUUGGAAAAUCUCAAAAACAAGAGUUACGUGCAGACGAUCCUCAGUUGCCAGUGUUGCUUCGACGAACACUUUGUCAUGCUGCCGUUUGUGUCGUGUGCCCUCAAGAAUCUCUGGAAUGACAAGGGGGUAAGACUGGCUGUUGCCCAUGGCUACGAGUACGAGCUCAACGAUUCUGCUCUCUACAUGUUUGAAAACAUGGACCGCAUCUGCUCAGAGAAAUAUGUGCCAAAUUCGAGGGACGUACUGCAUGCUCGAGUGAGGACUAUAGGAAUCAUAGAGACACAGUUCAAGAUCGAUGACGUUGUAUUCCGGAUGUUUGACGUGGGAGGUCAACGGUCAGAGAGGCGCAAGUGGAUCCAAUGCUUUGAUGAUGUAAAAGCACUUCUCUAUGUUGUUGCUCUGAGUGGCUAUGACAUGCAUCUGCAAGAGGACCCUACUGUGAACCGCCUCCAGGAAAGCCUCAAGCUGUUCGCCUCCGUUGUCAACAACAUGUUCUUUGCUGAUACAUCUACAGUACUGUUCCUCAACAAGCUGGAUCUAUUCCGUGACAAGAUCCUCUAUUCGGAUAGGCACCUGCGCUACUACUUGCCAGACUACAAAGGUCCUGACUGUGAUGUAGACAGUGCAGCGCUCUACAUCCAGCACAGGUUUCAAAGCAGCCAUCCCAACAAGAUUGUCUUCCCACACUUCACGACAGCCACGGAUACCAGCAACGUUCAAGUGGUCUUCCAAGUAGCCAUGGACACUGUUAUCCGUGGUAACCUCAAGACAGCUACCAUGCUGUGACUCACUUGGGGUUUCUCCCAACAAGAUUUUGAGCUUCUGAAAUGAGAUUUCUUGGAAAGGUUUUUGAGCAGGCCGGUUUACAUUACCUCUCAUUUUUUUUAUUUGUAUGGGUAUGCUACCUGAACGGGCCAGACUAACAGGAGGACAACAGUGUGAAUCAUCUCAACCCAACAUACACCACAAACGGGAAAAACCCCAGACAGAGGGCACAAGAGCAGGACACAACACGUUCAUUAAAGGGACUGCUGCGUUUGAGAGCGUGUCUCUUUUCUCCUUACGCUCUCUGUCUCGGGGUUUCUUUUCGUUUGCAAUACAGUAGACUUCCGUUAAUACGACUUCCGAUAAUUCGAUUUUCCGCUUAAUUCGAUCGAAUUCGAAGGUCCCGUCAAAUGCCCGUAUGCCUCUAUUGAUAAAAAAGUUCGUUAUUUCGAACGUGAAGUCAGUGCAGAUCGUGUAAUUCGAUCGAUGCGUCCGCGAACCAGGCAUCCGCGUCGCCCGCACCGCACAUACAAGAUAAAGUUCGCCCUGAAGUUCAGGUGGCAGAUCGGCAGACGACGAUUGAACAGUACCGAUCCGUUCCGAUAACCGCGAGUUUUUGUGCACCGAACGCUAUCGUAUUUGCGUACGUAAGCGAUAGCGUUUGUGGUUCUGCGCACGCGCAAAACAUAGAGCUUCGCGCAUUGUGCAGAACCACCACGCAUCUCUUGCGUACGCAAAGCCAAUGGCGUACGAUGCACUAAAACUCGAAUUCAUUUGGUGGUGGUUCGUGCCGUGCGAGGAGGAGACGUCUCUUUCUCGUUUUUGCUUUCCGUUUAUUGUUCUACGUUUCACCGGGCUUUCGUUCGGAAACUGUUCGUGCAACAAGAGUCCGAUACACAACGUGCGCUCGACGAGUUUCGAAUUUCGAUGACUUCGUGGAAGUGGACAUCGUCGUCGUCAGACGUGCCCUGCCCGGGCAAGAUGGCGGAAGCGAAACUGAAGACGAUGUCACCGAGCGCAUUCAGUGGGUGGGUGGGUGCGUGCACGCACGCACACUGCGAGCUUUCCGCGAAAUCGUCUACAGUUUCGCUUCCGCCAUCUUGCGCGGGCAGGAAACGCCUGGCACCGAUGUUGUAGCGCGCGCGAGAGCGCUCUAUGUGCAAUGUGUCGAGAUGCGCGUUUCAAGCGUGAGCGACAGCAGAGGAAUGCACAAAGGUGACAUUGACCUCUACAAUUUUUCUGCCUAUUCUUUAAUUCGACCUUCGGAUAAUUCGAUCAAAUUUCGCGUUCCCGUCAGGGUCGAAUUAACGGAAGUUUACUGUAUACCUGCUCGCUAGAACCCUAGCACUUUUGCCCGAUACACCUUAUUGAUUACAUAUGCAAAAUUAUUUAAUAAGAGCUAUGUAGCUUGCCAUAAUCUGUUCUAGUGGCAACAUCUGCUAUAUUUCCCAGGCAGAAAUUCGAGCGGAAUCCUAAGUGGAUCCACUUGAAACACAAAAUGGUCCCAUUUUAAUUUUAAAGUGGUUCCACUUGGGAUUCCAGCUCAAAUUUCUGCCUGGUUUCGUUAGAAAUAUUAACCCCAGACUCGAUAAUGGAAAGAUAGAACACAGUUCCUGUUUCUGCUCAGUUCUGUUGAGCAUUUUAAGAUUGCAUUGGUUUAUUUUCAAGGACUUGCCACACAUACUGAGUGUGAUAUAUUUAGGGAGCAGCGGGAGGGAUAUGCUGAGCAGUAACGGUUGUGUCAGCAGUCCUUUAGUGUCCCGUAUUUUGGUACAUUUCUCUGUAUUUCUCGAAAAAUAGUCGGUUGUUCAGGAUGAAAUUUUCACACCUCUGUGAAAUGCAUACUAUGAAACUCUCAAGUGAAGCUUCUGUGUAGGUUCAGAGUGAGUUAGACUGUGCAGGACUGUUCAUUUAAAUGGAGGCUUUGUUAUUUACUAAAAAGACAAUUUGCUGAGCACCAUACUUGGCAAUGACUUCAGUGACCAGUUAAGUUUAAAAAUGUAAUCAUACCUGCAUUCCCACCAAUAGUUUCGAACGGCUGUCUAACCAUUGUGAGGUACUACAACUAGUAGUUAAUCUACAUAAAGUUGACUACUGUCCAUCACUGUGAAGGAGCUAGCAAUGCUGACUGCAGUUGGACAAGAUAGAUCACUUGUCUUUGACACAUAAAGUCCUUUUGCUCAAAACUGCCUUUUAUAAGGUUCCUCAGUGUGCUACACUUGAAAUAGGUCUGUACUAUGUCAUCUGUACCAAACAGAUAGCACAUAGUACACAUAAUUUGUGGCUCCAAAUAGCCUGCCCUACAAAAAAGAUAGAUGAAGUAAUGUCAGAGUGAUUUGAAGACAAAGCUUUUACAGCUUCAUGUGAAGGUUGACCCAGUGAUAUUGCAAUAUGCCAGAAGAGAAGAGAGAAAUGCUUUUACUUAAUGAAAGAUGUGUCCCUUAUCGAUCCAGCGUUCAUCAUGAACUGCAAGAUGUAGAGGGCAAGAUAGACAAGAAUGAUAUGCAUGCUGACUAAUACGUUUACAUUGGAAAAUGCUUUGGUGCUCAAUUAGAGGGACAAAAUUUUGGAAGACUUUUGUUUUGACACAAGUUAGGUGCAUAAUGUAAAAACCCCGAGACUAGGGAACACGAUUCAUUGACAAGUUAAGGUUUUUGAGAAUCAAUUAUCCAAAUUUCCGAUAACUUCACAGAUAAAUGCUGUAUAGCUACUUAUGCAGUCUAACACUGAGCUGCAAGACAUGCAGUUAUGUGUCUGUCGUCACAUGCAGUUAUGUAUAUUGUCCAGAGAGCUCAAGCGAAGAGCUGCUGCAGCACAUAUCGUUAGGCACUACACAGGGGAAAUGUGAAUGUUGGUGUCUGUCCUCUUCUUGGAGUAUCUGUACUUGACACUGUAUGAACCACACCUCUCAUUGGAAUAGCAGCCGGAGUGGCUGUUAGUUCCUUGUGAUGAUUCGCAUGACCCUGUUUGUAGUUCCUUCAUUGUCUUGUGCCUUCUGGAGAAAAGUGUAAAAUACAAUAAUCAGGCAGCUAUCUAUUUAUCAGGUUACUAGUGAAAACUGCCAUUUAAAUUCCUCUUUGUAUGGCCCAUGGCAGCCGAAUUCUGUCUAUUUCAACGGUGUUAAACUUCCUCUGUGUUUGCACUUUCAACUGUUCCUGUUCAAACUUCCUCCAAGUAUUUAUUGCUUGUCAUCCGUGGUGUUCUGUCAAAUUUGCAAGCAGGGCUGUUGAAAGUGCGAGUUUUAUUUAGAGCAUGUGUUUCUUUACAAUCCAUCAACCGGCUUUCUCUUUGCGAGCAAUUGUGAUACCAUAUCGAGCAAGCAGGACCCACAGAAGAGGUAGUGAGAAUCGUGACUGCAUUUAGAAAAACGUUUGAAGGAUGCUUCGUUAUAUUUCGAUGUAUAGCUUUGUAAAGGUACACGCUGCAUGAUUUGAACUUUUACUGAUGUGCUGGUGACUUUUGUACUGGCAUUGGCAAAUGCUGUUUUGUGACUAUUUUGCUUAUAGGGGCAUGCAGUAUAGCUAUUAUUGUGAGCAAUAUUGUACAUACUGAACAUUACAAGCUGUUAGCAUUGCUGGUUGGCUGUUGGUGGUCCAGUGAUAUUUCCUGGCAUGCAUUUUGCAAGACUAUUACUGCUUCGGGAGAAGUAUUUUUGAUCUCAGACAUUGUUUGUUUUGUCACAUCACCAAGUUAUAACAGUUUGUGUUGUGAAUCAGUAGCGUCAUUCGCUUUCUGCAGCAUGUCCGCAAGAUGCAGAAUGAGGUGGACAGGGGAUGUUUAUGUACAGGAUCAUGUAGUAUAUACAUGGCACGAAGAAGUGCUUCCCAAGUCUACUUUCACAACUUCUGACGUGAAAUUACAACAGUGCCUUCUGAAAUGGGUAUAAAAGAUAUUUGGAGAUGAUCAGUACGAAUGGUGGUAGUGAGUGGGAGUGUGAUAUAAGCGGUGUGAAUAUUUUUGAUGUGGAAAUACUUUCAUAACCUGCACCACUGAACAAUGCUGAACAAAACCCUGCAAGAGCCUGACUUAUGCAAAUAGUCAGUAGCGCUUCUGCGUACUCAUUAUACAAAAUUUUACUAAAUGUGAAUCUUGUCAAUCACUACCUGCAAAAAGGAAAAAAAAAAAGAAAACCCAAACUCAACGCAAUAGGCUUUUGUCACUAUAGUUACAACUGUUACACCGUCCAAGCAGACAUGGUUUGCAAAAGUGGGGGAAGUCAACUCCCUUGUAGGACAUGUCGAUGAGCUGCGUAAUUUAUGUGUAAGCACUUGAGAGACAGGUUGCUUGCUGCACUAGUAGUAGUGGUAUGUUAGAAAAUGUGUUGCACAAAGGACGAGGCCACUUCAGCUGAUGUGCCAUGUUAGUGCUCGUACGAGUAAUGCGAGAGGGACUGGUGAGGAUAUACCAAGCAUUGACCGCAUCAUUUCAGUUACACCGGUUCACACCAUAUGAAAUGUCACUUUAGGUAAGAUUUUUGCUUCACUCGUCCAAACUCUAUGGAUACUUACUCUCUGAUAUCUGAUCCAGUCUUUAAUUCUUUUCACUAACCGUACCUGGUACGUGUAAGGAUAAGCAUAUGGCAGAAUAGAGUAAUCUCAAAAAGCAGAUAACUAGAGCACAUUUCCUGCGUUAUCAUCAGCUCUGGUGUAUCACAGCGUUUUGUAUGUCGGCUUUGCUCUCAGUGAGAAAUGUGUUCCAUCACCUUUUGGUUGGAAGAUUUGUUUGUAUGUCUUAUUUCUCUCGAGAGUGGCACGCUUCGUGCUUGUGUGCUUUGACCUGCGUCUCUUUCACACGUGUCCGCAAGAUGUGCUGUUAUCCGUUGCAAUGAACCAAUAAAACCACGCUUCCAAGUACA